AUGUCUUCUGUUCCUCUAGAUUCUUCUCUCGAAGAAGAGAAGAUGCUUAACUCGACCAGCUGUUUGUGCCAUUUGACCUCAUGCAUAUGUAGAGUAGCUCAGGUCAAGCUGAACAAGCUGUACACCGUAAUUUAUUCGUUCCAUCUUUUCUUUUCUCAUGCAACAGCCACGUUUUUCAUCAACCUGAUUCAAAUUGGCAUGUAUCGGUCAUUUGGCAUCCUCUUCGUGGAAUUUCUGGAGGAAUUCAAAGCACCAACGUCAGUGACGUCUUUAGUCAUGGGGAUGUAUUCUGCAGCUUAUAGUCUGACAGCUUUGUUUGGACUCAAUUUUCUGCUGGAGAGAUUCAGCAUCCGGUUUACAUGCCUGCUCGGUGGCAUAUUUAUGUCCCUCGGAGGCAUCCUCAGCUACUUUGCCAUGAACCUUGAAUACCUCAUCUUCACUCAGAGUAUCCUGCCAGGAAUGGGUUCCGCUUUACUCUAUGGUCCGGGUAUGGUCAUCGUUGGGCAGUAUUUCGACAAGAGGACUGCCCUUGGCCAGGCAAUCAGCAGCUGCGGAGUGAGCAUCGGCGGGAUGUGUAUACCCCAGAUCAUCAGAUACCUCCUGACACAGUACGGACUACGAGGCACAAUGCUAAUCGGCGGUGCCAUACAAAUGGAGAUUCUUAUAUUUGCUCUUUUGUACAGGCCAGCCCCAAUUAGACCAAAGGAAGAUCAAACAGAAGAGACCAUACUCUGCAGUGAAACCCCGAGUGGUGUAAAACACGGCGACAGCGACUCCAACGUUUCCGAGAACGGCGCUCAUGCAACUCCGAACACCAUUGGAGGGAUCAUUGACACUCUGUCACAGUCAAGUGUUCUUAAAUAUGCCAGCAGUUGUGAAAUUAAUAUCGUCUCAACCAUGAGCCUCAACAGGAACGUUGUCGACAUAGAAGAUGUAACUGAGGAAAAGGCUUCUUGUUGUCAGAGGAUAAAGAGGUCUCUGGACUUCUCGGCGUUCAAACGAGUUAAUUUUUGGCUGAUUGCUUUUUUCAACUUCUUCGGUGUCGUUGCUGUUACUUUGUUUGAUUCCUUCCUCCCAGCCAUGGUACAAGAAGAAGGUUUCACUGACAUGGACGCGGCGAUGCUGAUCACUAUAUAUGCUGCAGUGGACUGCGUCAGUCGAUUUGCUUCAGGACUGAUAGUUGAAUCUGGUAAAAUCAAGGCGCAGAAUUUGCUCGCUCUGUUUAUGUGUGGAACGGGACUGAUGUGUCAGUUCACAAGCUUGUAUGUCUCGUACGACCUGUUGAUCAUGUUUGUUGUGCUGUUCGGAAUGUUUUCGGGAGGCUUCCAAGCAAUGAACGCUGUGGUGAUGGUUGAGUUCCUUGACAUUGAGACGUUUCCAAAGGCUCUUGGAUUUGUGCAGGUCUUCCAUGGCGUCUCCCUGGCGAUAAUGAACCCUGUGCUUGGGGCUCUCCGGGACAUCACGGGUACUUACUACGCAUCCUUCAAUCUACUGGGUUCUACAGCAAUUGCGUCAUCCCUAUUCCUUCUGGCAGAACCUUUGACAAGGAGGUGGAUGGACGCAAGGAAGGUCAAGGCCAAGGAGGAAGAACUGAAGGCUUUGAACAAAGUAACUGGUGAUGAGGUUAUAUGAUAGUGCUUGAAUGUAUAAUAUUUUUUGACAAACAAAUAUUAUUUUGCCUCAAAUACAGUGUGUGGUACAGUCUGUGACACAGGUGUCCAAUACGUACAUGACGUCGUCAAGCCCGGUGACGUAACUUUAUAUAAUUGACGUCGUAGGCAUACUUAUGGAAACAAAUAUAUUAUUAUUACCUUCAAUUGCUCCCUAAAUUUGAAAUCCUCAAACAUGGCUCAAAUGUCUACCUGGGUCAUGCAAUUUGUUAUAGGUACAGGUCUGUGAUACUUUAUGGUAUGGUUUAGAAGUCCGUUAUAGAAUCAGCGUCGAUUUGUGUGUCCUUUCAUCUAUGAUUUUGGCACCGUAUCCAUGACAUGUACGGCAUGACUACAGAUCCAUUAAAAUAUCUACGAUCA